AUGGAGAUGGAGCCAGAGCACCGCCGAGCCAUGCGAACUCCCAAUGUGCCCAGAAACCUCAGAGCCUCCGAACGGGAGAAGGUGCCCCCGCGAGUGGAGGAGGAUCCGAGCGUAAGUGGUUGGCGGCGUGUCCGUGACAUCUGUAGCGCCAUGUUGAUUGGGCUGAUUGGAUACCCGGGUCCAUUCCUCCCUCAAGGCUCCAGAUGCGUCCCUCCUGACGCUGAGUGUUCCUUCAAAGGGGACGCGCUGCCCCGAAUAGAGGAGGAGCAGUUUUCGGUGAAGGCUGAGGAAGACGGCACUGACACCGUGGAGAUGGGGCCAGAGCACCGCCGAUUCAUGCGAACUCCCAAUGUGCCCAGAAACCUCAGAGCCUCCGAACGGGAGAAGAUGCCCCCGCGAGUGGAGGAGGAUCCGAGCGAGAAGUGCAGGGAUUGUGGGGCCUUCGGCCACAUGUCCAGAAGCAGGAGGUGUCCCAUCAAGCGCUGGGAAGGGGCUAUGGCCCCACAGCCUCUCGGCUCAAGAAGAGACAAAGAGAAUCGGGACACCCGGCAGACCCAGAGGCCCCAGAACUCAGGCAUCAUAACUCACUGUGAGAGACAGAAAGGACAGGCAAAGAGGCAAGAAGAGCAACACAGGACAGCGUACUGCCAGAAUGUGCCCAUGCAAUCCCUCAGGAGGAAACAGCAGAGCCAGCAUGCAACGAGGCUAAGGUCCAUUAACACACAUGUUCAGACACCAGAGCUAGACGUCAUUCAAACCAGCCAGCCACUUAUGAGGAAGUCUGAGGAGAGUUCCCUGUGUCCUGUUGUGCCUCCUAGAAAGAGUCAUGAUGGCAAAACCUUCUUCCCUCUUGGGAAGUGCAGCGUUCCGAAUCCCACUGUCAGUGCUGUUCCCGAGAGAGCGAUUCAGAGAAGGAGCAAGAACCCUGCCUUAGAGAGCGUGACCCCAGAGCGUCACUCCCUAGAGCAGUGUCACGAGGCUUCUGAAAUUCAUGGAACUGGCCAGGCGCUUCACCCGACAUCUGCAACCCAGAUCCCUGAUGGGAAAGCACAGCACAGCCUCUGUCCCCUUGCUCAGACAACCGGACAAUUUGCAAAUCACAGUAUCUGGACACCAGGCAAGAGACCAAGUCACGUUCCCAUCAAGCUUUGCCAAAAUGCUCCUAAAGUUCAGAGACUCAACUCUCCAGAGGCCAAUGAGGACAGCUCUGGCAGUCCUUCAGUGCAGCCACUCCAAGUCCCGCAAUUCCUGCCCCAAGUGUCACCUAAAGUGCAGAGCAGAAUUCCCGCCGAGGAUCCCAGCUCUGCCCAACAGCUGCCAAACCACAGAGUUCAUCUGGAUUCUCCUCAUCCCUGCUCUCAGGCCCAUGCCCCAUCAUCAUCUUCAAGUCCUGUUCCCAGACCACCCAUCAGAAUGGUAUUCACCAGAGUGCAAAAUGACUGCUGGAGCAGCAGGUUCCUCUCUCCUUCCCCUGUGGAUCCUCCUGAAAAGCAGGCACUCCCUGCGAAGAACCAAACUUUCCUGCAGAAAUCUGAGAGUCCCUGCAUCCAGGUCCCACUGAGUGUCCUCUAUGAAGAUCUGCAGGUGUCCUCUUCCUCAGGGGAGAGUGACUAA